AUGAUUCAUGACAUCUAUCUAGACUAUGAUAUCACAGUCUAUCUAUUCAUCUAUCAUGAUCUAUCACAGUCUGUUCACAUCAUUCAUUCAUCUAUCUAUCACAGUCUGUUCAUAUCUAUAUAUCAUCUAUCACAGUCUGUUCACAUUAUCUAUCUAUCACAGUCUGUUCAUCUAUCUAUCUAUCACAGUCUGUUCAUAUCUAUCAUCUAUCUAUCACAGUCUGUUCAUAUCUAUCUAUCUAUCUAUCACAGUCUGUUCAUAUCUAUCUAUCUAUCUAUCACAGUCUGUUCAUAUCUAUCUAUCUAUCUAUCACAGUCUGUUCAUAUCUAUCUAUCUAUCUAUCUAUCACAGUCUGUUCAUAUCUAUCUAUCUAUCUAUCACAGUCUGUUCAUAUCUAUCUAUCUAUCUAUCACAGUCUGUUCAUAUCUAUCUAUCUAUCUAUCACAGUCUGUUCAUAUCUAUCUAUCUAUCACAGUCUGUUCAUAUCUAUCUAUCUAUCACAGUCUGUUCAUAUCUAUCUAUCUAUCACAGUCUGUUCAUAUCUAUCUAUCUAUCUAUCACAGUCUGUUCAUAUCUAUCUAUCUAUCUAUCACAGUCUGUUCAUAUCUAUCUAUCUAUCUAUCGCAGUCUGUUCAUAUCUAUCUAUCACAGUCUGUUCAUAUCUAUCUAUCACAGUCUGUUCAUAUCUAUCUAUCACAGUCUGUUCAUAUCUAUCUAUCACAGUCUGUUCAUAUCUAUCUAUCACAGUCUGUUCAUAUCUAUCUAUCACAGUCUGUUCAUAUCUAUCUAUCUAUCUAUCACAGUCUGUUCAUAUCUAUCUAUCUAUCUAUCUAUCUAUCUAUCACAGUCUGUUCAUAUCUAUCUAUCUAUCUAUCUAUCACAGUCUGUUCAUAUCUAUCUAUCUAUCUAUCUAUCACAGUCUGUUCAUAUCUAUCUAUCUAUCACAGUCUGUUCAUAUCUAUCUAUCACAGUCUGUUCAUAUCUAUCUAUCUAUCUAUCUAUCACAGUCUGUUCAUAUCUAUCUAUCUAUCUAUCUAUCACAGUCUGUUCAUAUCUAUCUAUCUAUCACAGUCUGUUCAUAUCUAUCUAUCUAUCACAGUCUGUUCAUAUCUAUCUAUCUAUCUAUCACAGUCUGUUCAUAUCUAUCUAUCUAUCACAGUCUGUUCAUAUCUAUCUAUCUAUCUAUCUAUAGAUAUGAACAGACUGUGA